UCCAGAGGGCAUAAGUAGCGUAACUGUUAGGUGGCAUAGGGCACUCCCUUCGAAAUUUUGAUCUCUAGUGCAUCACCCGUUUCGGUGCCCAGCUGAAAAAAAGCACGGGUUCCGCUAUAUAUGCCACUGCCGCAGGGUGGAAGGCCUUCACAACGAAAGACAAAUCGGUCGGUUUUCUCCUCCAUAUUGGUCGAAAGGGUAUACUGAUACAGAGGUCAUGAUGAAGUGCAUCCGUGUAACCGCUCCUAAAGAGCCCCUUGUCUUGUGUGACGAUGAGCCGAUCCCCAAAGCCCCAGACGGUGGGGCUGUCGUGAAGAUAUCCUACAGUGGAGUUUGCCAUUCGGAUGUACAUUUCUGGAAAGGAGAUAAGAGUUUCGCCAGGGCCGAGGGCGAACCAACAAUCUUCAAAUGCCCCUGCGUCCCAGGUCAUGAAAUAGCUGGCGUUCUUUUCUCUAUGGGAGAGAGCGCCACCAGCAACAACCAGAGCGGUUUAAAGCUGGGAGACCAUGUAGUCGUCUUUCCGUGGGUCCAUUGCGGUGCAUGUCUUCCGUGCAGAGAGGGACAUGGCGAUUUCUGUGAUGAAACCCAAUUGCGGUUUGCAGCCAUUGGAGUGUGUUUUAAUGGCGGCCAUGCGCAGUACGUCGCUGUGCCUGACGUGCGGUUCCUGGUCCCCGUGCCUACAUCCACACCUCUCGAAGUGGCCUGUCUUCUUCCAUGCAGUGGAUUAACUGCGUUUCAUGCCAUAGAGGAAACCCUCGAGUUUGUUAAAAAAGUGACUCAGAUUGCAGGUAGAUAA